AUGAGAAUGGACGCACUUGAAAAGGAAUCCAUUCUUUUUACAGCUCCAGUUACCAUCAAUGAAGCAGCUUUCAUGCGGAUCAAGCACGAUACUGCACAAAAAGUAGGCUCCAGUGGCAGCGUGCUAUUUGAGGUCAUUGAAAGAAUUGCUCAGGCGCCACUGCGCAACAACAGUGUUGAUCGCAUCUACUCUAAUCUGUUCUUACCUACGGUUUCAAUCCACACACCCAUGAUCCUGUCUCGCUAUCUUGCAACACUCAAAAAUGAUGGCCAGCUACUUCUUCAAGAGCCCAUCUUACUGCAGGACCUCAGCAACACUGUGUGCCCUAUAUCCCGCAAACAAGAGGAGUUAGUUUCCUUGCUAAAGCUGGCUGGGUUCGUCCAUGUUUCUGUCAAAGCGAUCUUGCCAGUGACAGAUCAAGAUUUGAGUGCAAUAAUCCAGCUGUGGGGCGUGCCACAAGACGAACUCAAUAGAGGUAUGGUAACUCGCCUGUCUGGCAAAUUUGGAAUGAUACAGAUCCUUGCAAAAAAGCCGGGCUACAAUGUAGGUCAAAAGAUGGCGCUCAAUUUCAAAAAGAAAUCUUCCACACAAUCAACAUCAUCCAAAGCUGAAAAGAAAAAAGUUUGGCUCAUUAACACAAACAACGAUGAUGAAGGCAUCGACAUGGAAUUGGAAGACGAAGAAGAGCUUCUUGAUGAAAAGGACAAAAUCCGGCCCAACAAGGCGUCUUUGACUCGCCCUGAUAACUGUGAUCUCGCUGAUGGAAAGCGCAAAGCAUGCAAAGGAUGCACCUGUGGAAGAGAGGAAGGCGAUGAGGAAGAAGCAGGCAAUGUGGUUGCUUUAGAUAUGAUGGAUGACAUUGAGGAAGUGAUUGAAGUCGAUCCCACUCCCAAAGAGAGUUCUGGCUGUGGUAGUUGCUCACUGGGCGAUGCUUUCAGAUGUUCCACAUGUCCCUAUAUGGGUAUGCCUGCUUUCAAUGAUGGCGACAAGAUUAAAUUAGGUGGCAUGUUUGAAAUUGAUGAUAUUGAUGAUUUUUUAUAA